AUGAAAAUUUCUGAUGCAGAAUGGGAGGAUAUGUUGGAGGGUUUUGAUGAACGGAGUUAUCUGAACGCUCGACGCUGGAAGCCUGGUGACGACCCGUAUACACUCUAUGCCUUCAACCAGAGAGAGAGUGAGCGCAUCCCUAGCAACCGAGCCCUGAAGGACACGCGACACGACAGGUGCACCACCCUUCACUAUGACUCCGAUCUCCCUCCAACAUCCAUCAUCAUCACCUUCCACAAUGAGGCCAGGUCUACGCUCCUUCGCACCAUCAAAAGUGUUAUAAACAGGACUCCAGUUCAUCUCAUCCAUGAAAUAAUUCUUGUGGACGACUUCAGUGAUGAUGAAAGUGACUGCCAGCUUCUCACCAAACUGCCCAAAGUCAAAUGUUUUCACAACAGCAAGAGAGAAGGCCUGAUCAGGUCCAGAGUGCGGGGGGCUGAUGCUGCAAAGGCAAGAGUCCUCACCUUCCUGGAUAGCCACUGUGAGGUCAACAAAGAUUGGCUACCCUCCCUCCUGCAGAGAAUCAAACAGGACCCAACUUGUGUGGUCAGUCCAGUCAUUGAUAUCAUCAACAUGGACAGUUUCAACUAUGUUGCAGCCUCUGCUGAUCUUCGUGGAGGUUUUGAUUGGAGUCUUCAUUUUAAGUGGGAGCAGCUGUCAUCUGACCAAAAGGCUCAACGGACUGACCCAACGCAGCCAAUCAAGACCCCCAUCAUAGCAGGUGGGCUGUUUGUAAUUGACAGGUCCUGGUUCAAUCACCUCGGGAAAUAUGACACCGCCAUGGACAUCUGGGGUGGGGAGAACUUUGAGAUCUCGUUUCGUGUGUGGCAGUGUGGCGGCAGUCUGGAGAUCCUGCCCUGCAGCCGAGUGGGUCACGUCUUCAGGAAGAAACACCCAUAUCUCUUCCCGGAAGGCAAUGCCAACACAUACAUAAAAAACACACGUCGCACAGCUGAGGUUUGGAUGGAUGACUUCCGUCUCUUUUACUACUCGGCCCGACCAGCAGCACGAGGCAAAUCCUAUGGAGACAUUGGAGACAGAGUUGAACUACGAAAGAAGCUCAAAUGCAAAUCCUUCAAGUGGUACUUGGACAAUGUCUAUCCAGAGCUGAAGGUCCCCGACGAUUCUGAUUCACAGUCUGGGGUGAUCAGUCAAAGGCAAAAUUGCCUUGAGUCUGGCAGGGUGGAGGACCAGGACAAGCCUGUUCUAACAUUUGCUCCAUGCAUUCGAACAGAGGGUGUUCCUGCCAUCAAUCAGGAGUGGGUGUAUACUCAUGGGCAGCAGAUCCGUCAGCGGCAGCACUGCUUGUCUCUGUCUACCACUUUCCCUGCCUCACAGGUCCUGCUGCUGCCUUGCAACAUGGUGGAUAGCAAGCAGCGAUGGCAGAGAUCGGGAACCCACUUGGAGCACAUUGUAUCUCGGUUCUGCUUGGACUCGGAGAUGGCUCUGGAUGGGAUGGAUUCAUCCCGAAUGUUGGUCAUCAGCCCCUGUGAAUUAAGUGCAUACACACAGAGAUGGGAAGUUCCCUUUUCUUGACCCCAUCAUCUUUAAACUCCAAAUACUUGCCCUGUCAAACUCACUCGACACGUCAGAGACGAGAACAGAGACAGCAGCUUGCACAGACUGAAGCUUUAUGAGCAAUCAAGUCACACCACCAUAAAGAUCUGCAGAGAAAGUUGAAGAUUUGUAUGCAGCUUGACUGUUAAGAGUAAGAAAGGACUGAAAAACUUUGUAGGGCCCGAUUUCUUAAAGAACUGGAUCGAAACAUUGCCAGAAGAGGAGACG